UAAACCAUUCUUCAGCCAAAGAUUUUCCUGUCUGUCCUUCCUUGGAACUCUGCCCAUCAGGUUGGCUAUAUUUCCAGAGGAAAUGCUACUACCUCUCGGAGAGUGAAGCCAACUGGAACUCCAGUCAGAGCCUCUGCUCUUUGCACAAUGCUUCCCUCCUGGUGAUCGAAAAUCAUCAGGAACUGGAUUGA